AUGACUGUUGAAAAUCAAGACAAUGUCUCUCAUGUCGCUGUGUUAGUGUUAGACACUCCUAUCCCUAACAUAACCGAAAAGUACGGAGACUUCGGUGACAACACCAAAGAUCUCCUUUCCAAACAUACAACUACUAAAAUUAAAAAAUACUACCUUGCUUAUUCUACAUCUCCUGAAGAAUAUUUAACUCAAUUACAAUCCACGUAUAAGGAAUUAGAAGCAGGAAUUAAACAAGGGUAUAUUACCGGUUUAGUGCUCACUGGGUCAAGAAGUGACGCGUUCGGAGAAGAACCUUGGAUCAAAUUGCUCGAUGAGUUCAUUGUAAAUGUCAUUAUACCACUGAAAGUUCAAACCGCAGGCAUUUGUUUUGGUCAUCAAAUCUUGUGUAAGAACCUUGGUGCAAAAAUAGGAAGAAAUGAAAUUGGUUGGGAAGCCGGAACUACUCCAAUCGAAGUUAACCCGGAACUAAAGAAAAAUUCUCCAUUCUCUGGCUUGUCCAAGUUUAAUAUGGUGGAAUUUCAUCAAGAUAUCGUGUAUGAAUUACCUCCCGGAUGUGUGUCUAUUGGAUCAACCGAUAAAUGUAACAUCCAAGGCGUGCUUUCACCCAACUUAUUAACUUUCCAGGGCCAUCCUGAAUUCACUACUGAACUAGCAUUAGAUUUGCUCAAGUAUAAAUUUGAACAUGGUCUUUUAACCAAACAGGAAUACGAACACUACAAAUCCCAAACCGUAACCUUCCCCAAUCAAGGAACUGAGAUUGGUGAAAUAAUCGCCAAAUUUUUAAAUAAAAACUAA